CAACUCCAAAUUUCUCUCUUACAUGCUCUUCUUCAUCUCAUUUUCUUUUCCUUUCUCCUAUGCUUUGAAUUCUUCUUCAUGUCCAAUCAACUUUGAUUACAUAGAAACCUGUAAAUGGGACACUUCUUUAUGCACAGAAAUGUCUUUAGAAAAGAGCUGUUGCCAAACUCUCCGUAGUCUCUUUGGAAUAGGACUCGCUCAACACCUCAAAGAAACAUCCAUGUUUUAUCUCCCAAACGAAAAUGUUGUCGUUUCGUGCGUUUCAGACUUCAAAGCCAAGCUUUCUUCCAUGUCCAUUUCUCAAUCUUUUGUCUCUCAAUGCAUGAAUGAGACUAAUGAAUUCAUCGUUAAGCCUUCGAGUUGUGGAGGGAUUGUCACAAUCAAAGAUUGGAUGGAAAAAGUUGGUCCGAAUAGCCUACUUGACUCAUCUUGUACUGGUGAUCUUGGAGGGCUUACUAGGUGCAGUUUGUGUGUUGAUGCUGGUUUGAAGAUAAACAGUUAUUUAGUAUCAUUGAAUCCGAAUUCGACUACGACUAAUAGGUGCUUCUAUUUCACUGUCCUUUAUGCUGCUGCUAUGGUUAAUGAAUUUGGACCUAAGGAUCCAAGAACUGCUAGUUGUGUUCUUGCUUUGCCUUUGGCUAACAAGGCAAGGGGAUCGCGCAAUCUUAGUAGAGACACUCUGUUAAAAUUGGUUUUCGGGUUUUUGGGUGCUUUCUUUGGGAUUUUGGGUGCUAUAAGUAUUACUAUUAUUUACAAAAAAUGGGAUAAAAAGAGAACGCAAGAUGCAUUGCAUCAAGGGUAUGUGACUAGUGUUAGAUCCCAAAUUUUGCCUAACACUGGUGCUAAAUGGUUUCAAGUAGGAGAGCUUGAACAAGCCACAAAUGGAUUCUCCCAAAGGAAUAUGAUAGGCCAAGGAGGAAGUGGAACUGUCUAUAAAGGGACCCUUUCUGAUGGUACAUUAAUUGCUGUGAAGAAAAUUAUUGAUAUGGAUUGUAAGGGUGAUGAGGAGUUUAUUAAUGAAGCAGAGAUUAUAAGCAAGAUUAGGCAUAGAAAUCUUCUUCCUUUAAGAGGUUUUUGUGUCACAAGUGAUAAUUUGAAUGGCAAAGGGAGAUAUUUGGUGUAUGAUUUCAUGCCAAAUGGUAGCUUAGAUGAUCAUCUAUUCAAUGCUGGAAUGAAACGAUUAUCUUGGCCUCAACGAAAGAACAUAAUUAUCGAUGUGGCUAAAGGGCUUGCUUAUUUGCAUUAUGGAAUCAAACCUUCAAUUUACCAUCGCGAUAUAAAAGCCACGAAUAUACUCGUGGACAUGGAUAUGAAGGCAAGAGUUGCAGAUUUCGGAUUAGCUAAGCAAAGCAAAGAAGGACAAACUCAUCUUACAACAAGGGUGGCUGGCACAUAUGGAUAUCUAGCACCUGAAUAUGCGCUAUAUGGGCAGUUGACAGAGAAGAGCGAUGUUUAUAGCUUUGGCAUCGUGAUCCUCGAGAUCAUGAGUGGAAGGAGGGUUCUUGAUGCGUCGAAUUCUUCUGCAUUGUUGAUCACUGAUUGGGCAUGGACAAUGGUCAAAUCAAGAAAUGCAGAAGGUGUUUUCGACGUGUCAAUAAGGGAGGAAGGGCCAAAGAGAGUAAUGGAGAGAUUUGUUCAUGUUGGUAUACUUUGUGCUCAUGUUAUGGUAGCUCUAAGACCAACAAUUGAAGAUGCUUUGAAAAUGCUUGAGGGUGACAUUGACAUUCCAAGAUUACCUGAUAGGCCACUGCCCCUUGGCUUUCAGUCAUUUGAAUCAUAUUCCUUACAUAGUUAUAGAUUCAGAGAUAGUUCAAUUAGCAGCAGCAGUAACAGCUUAUCAAUACAUACAUAGAAAACUUAUUUUUGACCGUAUUGCUACCAUGUGACCAGGAGGUCACGGUUCAAGCCGUGGAAACAGCCUCUUGCAGAAAUGUAGUAUAAUGUUGCAUACAAUACACCUUUAUGAUCCGUCCCUUUCUCGGACCAUACGCAUAGGGGAGCUUAGUGCACCGGCCUGUCCUUUAUUGACGCAAGGAAAGUUCAAUUGUAAGGGCUUUUGAAAGGUCAGAAAAAUUGCACAUAUGCCAGACACAAGUUAAAAAAUCAAUUUUGCCCUUUUCUUGUCUUGGUCUUAUUUUGACCUUUUCUUCCCCUCAAUCCUCUUGUUUACUAGAAUUAUUUUCUUGUAAAAAUUUGUACACAAAUUAA